CAACACACACAGAGCAAGACUUCCUCUGUGUGUAAGUGUGUGUCUGUGCGAAGUGUAUGUCCUCUGUCUCUACAGUGACUUCACCUACAGGUCACACUCCCCUGGCUCUUCUCAAAGUGCUGGCUAUCAGGAUCAGAGCAACUCUUACCGCCUCAUUCAUUUGUUUACAUCCUGAGAAGCACCUCUUUCUGUCUAGCUUCACCCUCAGAGGGACCAACAGACUUCAGGAUGUUACUGCUUUUAGGAGGGGUGAGGCAUGGAUUGGGCAUGCUGGCCAUCCAGAGGGCCUACCUACUCUCACGCUCUGCGCACACCUUGCCACAGGGCCUUGAGUAUCGGCCAAUCAAAAAGGUCAUGGUAGCCAACAGAGGCGAGAUAGCGAUCCGGGUGUUCCGGGCGUGCACGGAGCUCGGGAUCCGGACGGUUGCCGUGUACUCGGAGCAGGACACGGGACAGAUGCACAGGCAGAAGGCGGACGAGGCCUACCUCAUCGGCAAGGGCCUGCCCCCUGUCGCUGCCUACCUUCACAUCCCUGACAUCAUCAAAGUGGCCAAGGAGAAUAACGUCGACGCCAUCCAUCCCGGUUACGGCUUCCUGUCGGAGCGCCAUGACUUUGCGCAGGCCUGUGCUGAAGCAGGGGUGAGGUUCAUCGGCCCGAGCCCAGAGGUGGUGCGCAAGAUGGGCGACAAGGUGGAGGCUCGCGCUCUGGCCAUCCAAGCUGGUGUUCCAGUGGUUCCGGGCACAGAUUCACCCAUCUCCUCUCUGCAGGAGGCCCGGGAGUUCGCCAGCACCUAUGGCUUCCCCAUCAUUUUCAAAGCUGCAUAUGGUGGAGGCGGGCGUGGAAUGCGGGUGGUUAGGGAGUAUGAGGAGUUAGAGGAGAAUUAUCAGAGAGCAUUCUCAGAAGCCCUAGCAGCCUUUGGAAAUGGUGCUCUGUUCGUGGAGAAGUUCAUCGAGAAACCACGGCACAUUGAAGUGCAGAUUCUAGGUGAUAAGUACGGAAAUGUCAUUCAUUUGUAUGAGAGAGACUGCUCCAUUCAGAGGCGGCACCAGAAGGUAGUGGAGAUUGCCCCUGCUGCACAGCUUCACCCUCAUCUCCGAGACAGGCUCACCUCUGACUCAGUCAGCCUGGCAAAGAAGGUUGGCUAUGAGAAUGCUGGCACAGUGGAAUUCCUGGUGGACAGACAUGGGAAGCACUACUUCAUCGAGGUCAACUCCCGCCUACAGGUGGAGCACACUGUUACCGAGGAGAUCACUGAUGUGGACCUUGUUCACGCCCAGCUCCGUGUCUGUGAGGGCCGCAGUCUCUCUGAGCUUGGCCUCCAGCAGGACAAGAUCAGGAUCAACGGCAGUGCCAUCCAGUGCCGCGUCACCACCGAGGACCCCGCCCGUGGCUUCCAGCCAGACACCGGCCGUUUAGAGGUUUUCCGGAGUGCCGAGGGAAUGGGCAUCCGCUUAGACAGCGCGUCUGCGUUCCAGGGGGCUGUCAUAUCACCACACUAUGACUCCCUGUUGGUAAAGGUGAUUGCCAGCGGCCAGGAUCUGCCCAGCGCGGCCAGUAAGAUGCUCCGGGCCCUCGCUGAGUUUCGCAUCCGCGGGGUGAAGACAAACAUUCCAUUCCUGCAGAACGUUCUGAGUAAUCAUCAGUUUUUGUACAGUACAGUGGACACACAAUUUAUAGAUGAGAAUCAGGACCUGUUUAACCUCAGACGUACUCAAAACCGUGCACAGAAACUGCUGCAUUAUCUGGGACAUGUGAUGGUGAAUGGGCCAACCACUCCCAUCCCAGUUCAAGCCAAGCCUUCUUCAACAGACCCUGUCAUCCCUCCUGUUCCUAUGGGGGAGCCGCCAGCGGGUUUCCGUGAGGUCCUGCUGAAGGAGGGUCCUGCAGGUUUUGCCCGAGCGGUGAGGCAGCACCGGGGUCUGCUCCUCAUGGACACCACUUUCAGAGACGCCCACCAGUCCCUUCUGGCCACACGGGUCAGAACCCACGACCUCAAAAAGAUCACCCCAUAUGUGGCCCACAACUUCAGCAAGCUCUUCAGUGUGGAGAACUGGGGAGGUGCUACGUUUGAUGUGGCUAUGCGUUUCCUGUGGGAGUGUCCUUGGCGUAGGCUGCAGGAGCUGAGGGCAUUGUUACCCAACGUGCCUUUCCAGAUGCUGCUGAGAGGAGCUAAUGCAGUGGGAUACACCAACUACCCUGACAACGCUGUGUUCAAGUUCUGUGAGGUGGCGAAGGAGAACGGCAUGGAUGUGUUCCGCGUGUUCGACUCCCUCAACUAUCUGCCCAACAUGCUGCUAGGAAUGGACGCGGCCGGCUCGGCCGGAGGCGUGGUGGAGGCGGCCAUCUCCUACACGGGCGACGUGUCUGACCCAGCCAGGCGGAAGUACACGCUGGACUACUACCUGCAGCUGGCGCAGGAGCUCGUCAAGGCCGGCACGCAUAUCCUGGCCAUUAAGGACAUGGCUGGUCUGUUGAAGCCCGAGGCCAGCCGUUUGCUGGUCUCGGCCUUGCGAGACCGCUUCCCGGAGGUCCCCAUCCACGUGCACACGCACGACACGGCGGGCGCAGGUGUGGCAGCCAUGCUGGCGUGCGCGGAGGCCGGGGCGGAUAUCGUGGAUGUCGCCGUGGACUCCAUGGCUGGCAUGACCUCCCAACCCAGCAUGGGCGCUAUAGUGGCCUGUACCAAAGGCACUAAAUAUGACACAGAGAUCUCUCUGGAGAAGGUCUUUGACUACAGCGAGUACUGGGAGGUGACCCGUGGCCUAUACGCUCCAUUUGAUUGCACGGCCACCAUGAAGUCAGGGAACGCCGACGUCUAUGAGAACGAGAUUCCCGGCGGCCAGUACACAAACCUGCACUUCCAGGCCCACAGCAUGGGGCUGGGCCACAAGUUCAAGGAGGUAAAGAAGGCGUACGCUGAGGCCAACAAACUGCUGGGGGACCUCAUCAAGGUGACUCCAUCCUCUAAGAUCGUGGGUGAUUUGGCACAGUUCAUGGUCCAGAACACUCUCUCUCGGGCCGAGGUGGAGGAGCGGGCAGACGAGCUGUCCUUCCCGCUGUCUGUUGUGGAGUUUCUGCAGGGACACAUCGGUAUACCCCAUGGAGGCUUCCCUGAGCCCUUCAGAUCCAAGGUGCUAAAGUCCCUGCCACGGAUGGAGGGCCGUCCCGGCGCAUCUCUGCCUGCUAUGGACUUCCAGAAACUGGAGGCUGACCUACAAGCCACCCACGGGACUAACAUCACCCCCGAGGACGUGAUGUCAGCUGCCAUGUACCCCAAAGUCUUCCAGGAGUUCAAGGAGUUCACGGCCAACUUCGGCCCCGUCGACUGUCUGAGCACUCGUCUCUUCCUGGAAGGACCAAAAAUUGCUGAGGAAUUUGAGGUUGAGCUGGAGAGAGGAAAGACACUACAUAUCAAAGCACUGGCCUUGGGGGACCUCAACAAGGCUGGCCAGAGAGAGGUGUUUUUUGAACUCAAUGGGCAGUUGCGAUCAGUACUAGUGAAGGAUACACUGGCCAUGAAGGAGAUGCACUUCCACCCGAAGGCCCUGAAGGACGUCCGGGGCCAGGUGGGGGCGCCCAUGCCAGGCAAGGUGGUGGAAGUGAAAGUGAAGCAGGGCCAGCGGGUGGAGAAGGGCCAGCCGCUCUGCGUGCUCAGCGCCAUGAAGAUGGAGACGGUGGUGAACUCGCCGCUCGCCGGCACCGUGGCCAAGGUCUACGUCAAGGCUGACAGCAGCCUGGAAGGGGAUGACCUGAUUCUGGAAAUCUCAGAGUAAAGGUUAAAGGUCACAAACAGGGGAGAGGCUACAGGCAGCAAAUUAAGCAGCACAGGGAGGCACCAGGACUGAUGACCCUUGACUCCUUUCAGAUGAGAUAAAGGACUGAGAUUGGUGAACGUUUAGCACACCUAAUCACUAUUUAAUUGAAGCCCAUUAAUCUUGAGGUAGGCCCCAGUCCUAGAGAGUUGCACUAUCCAAACUAUUCACAUUUUAUUCCACAGGCCAUUUUUACUUGAAAUUAAUCUAAGAUUCUUUCGAAGAAUGUCCGUUAUCUACAAUGUAUGACCGCAACUGUAAUUCACUCUCUGUCAGCGGUUAUAGAACUGAUACCACACCGACUAUACUGUCACCAUGCAAAGUCAUGGAUGUACUUUGCAGACCGGAGAGAACGGGACACCAAUAAACAAAUUUUCACACAAAUGAUGCUAGCUUUGCAUGCGUUCGUGUGUGUGUGUGUGUGUGUGUGUGUGUGUGUGUGUGUGUGUGUAUAUGCUCUACCUGCCCCACAGCAAAGUUUUAAAAGGAUGCCAAUUUAAUUUCAGCAUUGUUAGUGAAGCGUAAAAUCCAUUUUAAGGCUAUAAAAGUAAAAUCCAUUUUAAGGCUGUAGUAAACUCUGCAGACAAUUCUCUACAUAUUAAAGCACAGAAACAGAAGUACUAUGGUGAUAAUUUCAUAACAAUUAUCAUAGUAAAAGCCACAAAGUCAAGUAAUUAAACUACAUUGGAUGUUUAAAUUGUAGGGCAGAACUAACAAUCACUUCAGCUUAACACCCCAGUACUCAAAAAUCGAGUGUUUUUUUGUUUUUGUUAAAACUGCCAUUAUUCUCACUGUGGCUGAGUGAUUGCAGGUUUCUUGUUCCUUGCUAAUAGCAUGACUGUUCUGUAGCAAAGACGAAGCAAAAGUGACACAUUAGAAAUGAGUCGUCCAAUCAAAGCCUUCCCCCACCUCUCCACCCUCCCUCCAUCCUCUCUCCACAUCUCCACCCUGUUGAACGGUACAGUCUCUUGCUCAGUGUGGUAUGAUGGGACAUCUUCAUGUCCAGAGCUAGGCUUCGCUCAUUUAGAACUGAAGUGAUGAACGAUGCAUUGUGAACUUUGUCGUAAUGCAGUGUGUUGUAAUGGACACUAGACCCUUGACCCAGAAUCCAACUCCUUGUUUUUAAGUUGAAUUUAAGAUGCUUCUGUGAAGAGGGUCGCAUUUCAAUCUAUCACUCCGGCCGUGAAAGGAAAUGUAAAACUGUAACAUUAUGGAAACGGCGGGUGUGUGGCCCCUGCGCAGAGCGGCACCAGGGGCUGAGUGGGGGGAACUAGCCCCCGGACACCGGCGCUCUCAAACAGAGAGGCUGCAGAAGGGCCUGUGGGUGCACGCUAGGUUUUGGCUUAAGUGUCUUACACUGGCUUGCAUAUUGAGGGCUUAGCAGAAAGAUAAGGUGAAAGAGACAGACAGAAACAGAGGGGGGAGAGAAAUCUAUAUCUAUUGGGCAAGAUAUUGAAUGGCUUUUCAUUAUACCACAAGGCCUGAAUUUGGCUCAAACCAAAAGUGUGUGUGUGUGUGUGUGUGUGUGUGUGUGUGUGUGUGUGUGUGUGUGUGUGUGUGUGUGUACGUACACUAGCCACUAGCAUGUAAAGAUGCCUUUGCGAUUGCCUGGGAUACCAGACAAAGUGACAUGUGCUAAAGCGCAGAGACUCUUUGAAGUGUCAGAUUUAAAGACAGAAGACCUUGCCUUUGAUUCGGUUUGGGCUGUGAGCUUUCCUGAGAAGUAUUGAGCUGGAAGUAUUGUAAGUGUGUCCAGAACUGGUGCUUUCCUCACCUCACCAGUAUUUGACAAUAGGUUUGAGUUACUACUUUUGCAGUGUUUUUACAUGUACUGUAUAAUGUGUGUAUUGUGUGUAAUUAACUGGAUUACUUUUUUUUUUUUCACCAAAAAUGAAAACGAACUCAUACAAACCUAACUGAAGUGGGAUAAAUGGUGUAUUCUGUGGGCAGUCAUUUUGUUUCUCUUAAAAUUAUAUGUAGUCUGAAUAAUGAGGUGCUAGGCAAAUUAGCAUGUAUAUGAGUCAAAGUUUAAAUGAAAAUAAAUCUUGCAAAAUAUUGGUGUUUCUUCACUUUUCUCAUGUUCUCCAUGGUUAAACGUUGGUUAAAUGUAUGGAUAAAUGUAUUGUUAAACAAUUAAGAUUCACGGCUGUAGUUUGACGAUUCAUAAAUGUUAUU